AUGCCGCAGCAGCGAGUGCAAACCAUCUUCAGCGACAUCCCCGCGAGCGUGCUCUACGACGCGCUGCACGAUCCCGACUACCGCAAGGUCUGGGACGACAACAUGAUCCAGGGCUUUGACCUCUUCCACCUCGACGCCAACAACGACGUUGGCUACUAUGCUGCUCGCUUGCCUGCUCCGCUCAAAAACCGAGACUUUCUCAACCAGCGAUCGUGGUUUGCCGCUGCCGAUGGCUCAGAGUACAUCAUCAUGAAUCACACUGUCGCUCACGAUGAGUGCCCGCCCAAGAAGGAGUUCAUCCGCGCCGUCUCCAUCCUCACUGGCUACCUUGUUCGCCCGUCCGGAGAGUCCAGCUCGAGCAGCUCCUCCGGCUGCCAGCUGACCUACAUUACCCAAACAGACCCUCGCGGGAGCAUUCCCAAGGCGCUUGUCAACAAGGGUGCUGCAGCUUUCGCGCCCAAGAUCAUGACCAAGCUCUACGAGACUAGCAAAAAGUACCCUGCGUGGAAGGAGAAGAACAACCCAGACCACAAGCCCUGGAUCAAGUUUGAUGCUUCCAAGACGCGAGUCGUCUCUGUGGAAGAGCUCAAGAAGCACCAGACCGACGUUGCCGCGUCGCUUGGCGCCAAGGACGACACGGUUGUGACGGAUGAUACUCCCGUUGGCGAUGCUUGAGGACGCGUGUUGUUCCCGUGUUUCUUAAGAAGUUGCCCCGUUUGACAACAAGAUGAAAACAAACUGAUUUAGUUCCCAGUCUUGAUGGAGGACGUCGGUUUUUUUUUUUUUUCUUCUUCUUCUUCUUCUUCGUCCUUUUUUGUUUUUCAACUGUGUAUUUGCAAAGCACCAAACAACAUCUUUCCACCAGACGCAAGGGUCGAUGAACGAGAACAGCUG